AUGGACCUGCUGCCAGACUUAUGGAGACAGGACUUCUGGCUUCCUCCUGCUGUGACCUGGACAGACUUGGAGCAGCUGGCGGACCCUGAGCGACCUCAGCCCCAAGACCUUCUGAUGACGCUGCCCGUCGCUCUGGGCUUUGUCGCUCUUCGCUCUGUGUUCGAGAGGUUUUUGGCCCCACCCAUGUGCAGAUGUCUGGGGGUGAAGAACAGGUUGCAGGUGACUGCUGCCCCCUCCCCACAGCUGGAGUCGUUUUACAAACAGAGGAGCACACAGCCAACACAGAGCGAUGUUGUCACUUUGAUGCUGUUGUGCGGUAAAACCCAGAGACAGAUCGAAACUUGGUUCAGACUCCGCAGGAACCAAGACCGACCCUGUCAAACCAAGAAGUUUGCUGAAGCUGCUUGGAGGUUCUUUUUCUACCUCACAGCCUUUGUGUUUGGAUUGACCUGUUUAAUCGAUAGACCCUGGUUCUGGGACCACAGAGAGUGUUGGAGACAGUAUCCAGUUCAGCCCAUGGAGAGAGCGCACUUCUGGUACUACAUGUUGGAGUUGGGCUUUUAUGGCUCUCUGGUGCUUCGGAUCUUUGUGGACGUCAGAAGGAAGGAUUUUAAGGAACAAGUGAUCCACCACCUGGCUACCAUCUUCCUGCUCACUUUCUCCUACUGUGCCAACUUCAUUCGUAUUGGCACCUUGGUGCUGUUGCUCCAUGACUCGUCCGACAUAUUGUUAGAGUCUGCAAAGAUGUUCAACUACGGCACUGGAUGGAGGAAGACGUGCAACUCUCUGUUUGUUGUGUUUGCUGUGCUCUUCCUUGUGACUCGACUGGUGAUUUUUCCCAGCAAAAUCCUUCGCACCACCCUGCUGCUGUCCAUGGAGGUGUUUCAGCCUUUUCCUGGCUACUACUUGUUGAACGUCUUGCUGCUGGUGCUGCAGGUUCUUCACGUCUUCUGGGCAGGUUUAAUCUUACGCAUGCUCUAUAAGUUCCUGAAAGGCAAGCUGGAAAAAGACGAGCGCAGCGAUGAAGAAAGUGCUGAGGAGGAAGAGGAGGAGAAACGAGGAGACGAAAGCAUAGAUCGAGAUUGUUGUUGGGAAAAAAGCAAAGAAACUUUGAACUCUAAACUGGCAAGGCUCACCAACAGCUGUGUCCUGAAUAACAUGACUCACCACAGGUCCUCUGUAGCCAAGAGGAUACGAAAAGCUCAAUAACUACCUUUUUUUUUUAAUAUUAA